UACAUAAAUAAUAAGGUUCACAAGGAACCUACUUUACUUGUGAGUAGUAUUGCAAGUGUUUCUUUAUAGUGAUAAACACAGGAAUGGUACACACCAGCUUGAACAGUUGUAUGUAGUAAUCAGAAUGAUAAACUAAAUCUUAUGUAAAUAAACAUACAGUUAUAAGCAUAUGAAUAGUACAAAAAUUAAAGUAACAAAACCAUAUAUUACUGGAAAAAUAAAUGUAAAAUUAUUAUUAUAAGGUAUUAAUGUAUUUUAACUGCGGAAACAGUAGAGGCAACAGCUUCGUGUCUGUAGGAAUGUAGCAUCAAGCGAAAUCUAUCGAUGUUGUUACACUACAUGACUGCUUAAUCUAUUUUAUGGACCCUUGAAGGAUGAAUAAUAGUCAAGGAGAGAAAGCGGAAUAUAACGAACAAAAUUAACUAUUACGUGUUAAGGAUACUUGCUUAUGCAUAAAUAUCUUUGGAUUUGUUUGGAUUUUGGUUAUGGAUCUCAACAUUGUGAAAGUAUUUACUAGCAUCUACUGAAUACAGCAGAACAUCCGCCUUUUCGACAUUUAUAACUGAUUUCUUACAUCAAAACUCCAAAUCUCUGAUGUACUGGAGGAAAUAAUUGGACUGGUAGUGUGAUGUUCAAGCAGUCCACCGCGCACACGGAGUACGAGACGGAAAGAUGAUCACUAUGUGGUCGCACGAUUUGCUAAAAACUGCAGCAAAAUCUCAUUCAGAAUCCUGAGGGCUGACUUGUGACUUAACAACAACAACCACGACGACUAAGUUGUGAACCUAUCUCCCUCAAACGACGACGAUGAUAGUGAUUCUGAUGUAGAUGCGCAUACUUUCACAUGAGCAUUUUCGCUUCAUCGAGUCAGAAAGUUUAAUAUUUUCCGUACACACACACUUGAGUGAAAGAGAAGAUAGUUAAUUUUUUUAAAUUUCAUUGCUUUUAUUAAUUAGAAUUUUGUAUUUGUAGGGAGGCAGGGUGAACUGUUUAGUUUUUGUCCCAACGUCACUCACAUUCACAUACUUUUGUACCAUCACAACUUUCCUUUUCCUCCCUCAUUCACUCUCUCUUACCCAGCACACACGCACAAAUACAUUCUUCCAACUUAAAUCUAGCCCGACUACUUGGUCACUGAAGUACGUCGAACGAAGACACAUGCGAGCUCGUUUUCGCAUGUUAUUUAUCACAUGCAAGUUUUUACGAUGAUGAUUACGACAAUGAGAAGAAUAAUUAUCACAUCAGAUUUAGUCAAUAAAUUCGAUGUACUUAUUAUUUGUAAAAGAUAUAAACACAUUUUAUUGCGAUAUAUUUAUACAUACUUGCACAUUUGCAUACAUGUAUAAAUACAUACAUUUGCAUUAUUUGGAUUGUAAUUGCAGGCUAAUUAGUGGAAUAUCUUCACAUUUUAUGAAAAGUUCGUUAUUAUGUAUGAACCAAUUUGUAAUUUCGGCUGCAGCUCUGCGUGCGUGUGUGCGCGCGCAUCAUAGAUUUUCUUUCCCUUGUUGAAAAUCAAUGUAUAUAACUGAGUUAACUGGGAUUUCUUCUUUCUAGACGAGUGGAUGUUAAUUCUCAAGAUGCUGGCCAUAAAACAUAUUUUCAAUUACAGCCACCGGCUAAAGAUUUUUGCUGUACUUCUUAUGAUACUUAUUGUUGGUAUUAUCUAUCUAAAUAUGAACAUGUUUUCAGAAAAUGUAAACCUUAUUCAUCUUUACAAAGUAACAAAACAAAAACACCAAGGCCAGUUUUGUACUAUAUUUACUUCAUGGACGACAAGAAAAGAUAAAGCAAUUGUACACAAUAACACUUUGCAUUUAUGGACACAGCUGGGACCUGAUAUUCAACUAGUUUUAUUUACAAAUGAAUCAAUUCUUGCUCAGGAAGCUCUUGCUCUUGGCUGGAAAGUACUACCAAUUUUACAUGUUGCCUGUGGAAAUUUACCUGUGCUAAAAAGCAUGUUUUUGGAUGUUCAGCGCAAUUUUCCGUCCAAAGUUUAUGGUUAUGCCAAUUCAGAUAUUCUCUUUGAUUCUACGCUUAACACCACUCUACGUUCAAUCUUAAAGCACGAACAAUUUUACCAAAACCACGGAUUUCUCAUAACUGGCCGUAGAACAAAUGUUAAUUUUCAUAAUCUAACUGUAAAAAGUAUCAGAAACCUAUCCAAGGUUGCAUCAAAAGGGUCUUUAGCAAGAAUAUGGGGUGAAGACUAUUUUUUUACAGGAACCAAUUUUCCCUGGAGUACAUUUCCUAACAUGGUCAUUGGACGGGUCGCCUUUGAUAAUUAUAUUAUCAUAUUUGGCAACAUAAACAAAGCAUGUAUGAUUGAUACUACAAUGAGCAUAUUAGCAGUUCACCAAACCACUAGUGAUGGUAACCUAGCUAGUUCCAAACGACCAAAUGCAAAAUGUAAUACCAAGUUGAUAAAACCGCAAAAAUAUAGACAGGGUUAUACAGACUGUAUACCACUGGAAACGAGAUAUGAUUUUCAAGGUAUAGUUCAAAUAAUCAAACGCACGACACCUCCACUUUGUCACUGAUAAUUAUAAAUAUUUGGGAAUGCUUUAUUGAAGGUAUUUAAAUAUUUAACAUAUGGGAUUUCCUCAGACAUAUCAUCAAGCAUUUUAUGAAUAGAACUAACGUCAGUGUUUUUCAUAAACUAAAAAUCAAACAUUUACUUUUUGACAUUUACAACAAUUGUCCAACAGCCAUCUAACCCACACAGAAUUUGGUAUAGUCACAGAACCACAUAUUGAACAAACAUACAUAUUGAAAUAAAGCCCUUUCUUUUCAUACACACGCACGCGUGCAUGCACACACACACACACACACACACACACACACACACACACACACACACACACACACACUCUGAGCCUACAAGAGAGCAUCUAUGGGGCUGCUGAGCCUGCUAGCAAUUAAUUGCAGGCAAAUGUUCAUGGAUCUCACUCCAACUUAGGAGAGAGAAAAAAAAGAAAAAAAACACAUUUAGUAAUUUUAACCUGGAUACUCCCCCAUCUCUAAACAUGGAAAUGCCAUGAUUGGAUUGCUUUUCGUCUUUGGUCUGCUGGAGCUGGAGCUAUGCAACAAAAAAUCAUACAAGCAGGUGAAUAAGCAAGAAAAGAGAUUCGUGGUGUAUGUUAUGUUUUCAUAUAUUUUUGUGAAUACAGAUCAAAUGUUAUUUAUGUUAUUAUGAAAUAAUUUAUUUUAAAUAAAGUGAAAUAGCUUUGUGUAUUUUCUA